AUGCGGAAGCAAUCGGAGAAACCUUCACUUAAAAAUUUCUUGGAUUACCGUUUACACGAAGUCGAUUUGGAACAAGAGGAAACGGAGCACAAUCGAUACGUGGCUGUUAAAGAAUUUUCAGGUAAAAAGAUAGGAGGUUAUACUGCCACCAACUACUCUGCUGGCUGCGUGCUGGUAGUAGGAAAGGCUGCGUGCUUGUUGGUGAGCAGUAUUGUAAAUAGUAUUCUGUACUGUCACCAAAUACCAUGUUGGCUGCGUGCAUGUUGGUUAGUGUACAGUUUGAGUGAACUACCUUAUGGGCUGCGUGCUCAUAAGGGAAAGGACGAUCAUUUAAUUCAAUCUUUGUAA